AUGGAGAUUCGAGUUGCGGUAUUGACAGUAAGCGAUCGUUGUUCAGCGGGCGUCGCCAUCGACGCAAGUGGGCCGGCGAUUUGCGAACUCGUCUCAAAUUCCACGCGAAUUUCCGCGAAACUUGUCGCCGAUUCGCCGCAAUGCGUUGCCGAUGAGCGUCAUCAAAUCGCCGCCAAAUUGAGAAGGCUGAUCGAAAUUUCGGAUGUUAUUGUGACCACUGGCGGCACCGGUUUCGCCAAAAGGGAUGUCACGCCGGAGGCGACGCUUGAGGUGAUUGAUCGCCGUUGUUCGGGUCUCGAAACGGCGAUUCACACGAGAUCGCUUCAAGCGACCCCGAUGGCGGCACUAUCUCGAUCGAUUGCUGGAAUCGCAGGCAAUACGCUCAUCGUCAAUUUUCCGGGAAGUCUCAAAGCAGUCAAGGAAUGCUGGGAGGUUGUCGAGCCGGUUCUCAACCACGCUGUCGGUCUUCUUCGCGAGACCGAUGAAGGAAAACAUCAUAAUUGA